GACAGGAAUGGAUUGCAAACCAUGGCAAAGGCGGCAGUAAGAACUACAAUACCCUUCGAUGACCAGACUUAGUUUCCGGUUAGGAGGAUUUGCGAAGCAGAAGUCACUCGAAAGGGAUUAGCUAGCUUGCUAGCAGCUGAUAUAUUUUUAGAUGCGGGAAUUUGAGCGUAAAUGAGCUACCUUGCACAUCGCUAAUACUUCAAGAAAGUAAAAGAGCUGAAAGCCCAGCUUGUUGCCAUGGCGAUCCUGUUUGCUGUGGUAGCUCGUGGAACCACGAUUCUGGCCAAACAUGCGUGGUGCGGCGGGAACUUCCUGGAAGUUACUGAACAAAUUUUAGCCAAAAUUCCGUCAGAAAACAACAAACUGACCUACAGCCACGGCAGCUAUCUCUUUCAUUACGUCUGCCAUGACAGAAUCAUAUACCUGUGCAUCACUGAUGAUGACUUUGAGAGGUCACGUGCAUUCAGCUUCCUUGGCGAAGUGAGGAAGCGUUUCCAGACCACAUACGGGUCCCGAGCACAAACGGCUUUACCCUACGCCAUGAACAGCGAGUUCUCCUCCACGCUGGCAGCUCAGAUGAAACACCACUCAGACCCACGGGGUUCAGACCGCGUCACAGAGACUCAGAUGCAAGUGGAUGACCUUAAGGGCAUUAUGGUCCGCAACAUAGACUUAGUGGCUCAGAGAGGAGAGAAGUUGGAGCUGCUCAUUGACAAGACAGAAAACCUUGUUGAUUCAUCGGUCACAUUUAAGACCACAAGUCGUAACCUUGCGCGCGCCAUGUGUAUGAAGAACCUCAAGCUGACCAUUGUAAUUGUGUUGGUGUGUCUGGUUGUCCUUUACAUCAUCGUCUCUGCAGCCUGUGGAGGCCUCAGCUGGCCCUCCUGUGUCAAGAAAUGAGGACCGUGCGGGUAUUAAAGAGGGAGAUAAAGGAAUAGGGAUGCGGGGGAGAAGUGCCUGCUCAACUUUGUUUGCCAAUGGACUUAAGGAAAUGCAGCUUUCCUUGUUUUACUCCCCCUACCUUCAACAUCAAAGGAUGACACAUACUUCUCCUCCUCCUUCCUUCCUCAUCUUCCCUUUAAAAGUGUGCACAUUUAUUUGCCUUCUGGACCGGGAGUCCCACCUCAUAGCCACACUAAUGGAUAGCCUUUUUACGUGGCCUAACACUGAUGUGGAACAAUAAAUUCUGUCUUAUUUUCAUCUGGUACUCUCAUCCUGUCUGAAGCUCGUGUUGGCCCACUGUAUCCCUCUGUGAUACUUUCCCUGCAUCUCUCUGUGUAACUAAUCCCUUCAUACUGAUGAACCACAAAGAUGGUUAAACUUGUUUUGUUUGGUUUCGGCGUCAGUGGAGACACGCAGUCUGCAGGUAUCUAUAGUGUGCCGCAGGUCCAUCAAGAUGGCGUACAGUUGAACUGAAAAAUACACUUUUUCAUUUUUGUUUUACUGAACCCAUGCAGUAUCCAUAUUUUCUGAGCUAGUUCCACCACAGAGCACAAUAGCAUAUUUUGAGAUGAAUGAUUUGAAAUAGCAGAUACGAUCAUAUGAAUGAAUCUUGUACUGAUGUGUAAUGGUUGUUUUAAAAUGAGCCAGAUUUGUUGGAAGAUUAGACCUCUUCCUGUGUGAAGAGGAUUGGAGGCUUCUAUUUUUUUUUUUUUACCUUUUACCUCUCUUAGGCUGUUCAGUGUGCCCAUAUUUUCUUUCUGUUAACACAAUGCACUUUUUUAUUGUACAUAGAUUUGCUUUCUGGCAUCUUAUUGCUUAUGAUCGUGUAAUUAUUUAAUUACUGUACAUCAAGAUUUAAAUGAAUAAAACCUGAUGGUAUCAAGUGUAUGAUCUGUACACCAGAAACACAAAAGAAGCGCUGUAGCA